AUGGCUAAAACAAAGAGUGACGAACUGAAUCAAACCCUUUCUACAUAUCUCAACACCAUCAACGAUACUCUCCAGUUGUUCGAGCACUCACCGCCUCUGAAACAAGACAAGUUAAACUGGAACGAUGUCCUAAAGAUGUCUGAUCACCUCUCCAGACAAGCCACCAUAGUGGGAAUGCUAUGGACUGGAGAAGAACCACCAAAAGCUAAAGCAUUGAAAGAGACAAUGGACGCAUACUACAACGCCCUUCAAGGAUUCUUGCUGCUUUGCCAUGGAAGCAUGGUUGGGGCUGGUCCUACACUUUCUUCAUCCAUACAAGCCUCUGUGAAGCAGAUUGUUGAUUCCAGCUUCAAGUUGUUGCAUGGUUCUGUCUCCUUAUACGGAGGAGGAUCAUUUGAGAAAGAGAGGAAGCCGUCAAUACCGCAGCUUACAGGAGCUGUGUGGGAGGCAUGCUCUAACUUAAAGAAGGUUCCUACAACAAACAUCAGAGCCAUUGGCCGAGCGAUGACACAAGUGACUGUUUCUGUUAAGGAUGUUCUUAGGGAGAUGAAGGAACUUAAGCCAGCUUCAGUUGAUGAUGAUGUUUGUGUAAACGAUGAAAGUGAGACUCCAAACUCAGAUGAAGAUGAGGACGAUCUAGGUGAUGACUUGUCUCCUGAAGAGCUAGAAGUUGCUACAUUGGUAGCUGAUGUCGUAUCCGAGACGCUCAUGGUGGUGAAAGAACUCAUCCGCGCUUUUGUAAGCAUGGUUAAGCUGGAGAAUCCAGAGGACAACGGUGUGUUUGUGGACGCGUUUGAGAAGUUACUGAAGUUGUGUCAAGGAACAGGUGAACAGAUUGAUGAGCUUGGAGCCUGUGUUUAUCCCCCACAAGAGCUGAGUAUCAUGAAGCAAAUACUGGAGAGAAUAAAGGGAAACAUAGGUGAGAUGGAGGUUGAUGUUAAGGGUUUCAUGAGCUCUUCUUCAUCAGAAGCUUUCUUGGGAACAUGCAGAAGCCUUCAGAGUUUGAUUGAACAUAUAGAGACAGAGCUGGACACAAGAAUUGAAGCUGAAGUAGUUUCCAAUAUGCAGAAUGUUACUCUUUAA